CGGAAGCAAAACAAAGAAGGCGAAGAAGAAGUAAACAAACUUUCGAUUUUCUUAACGUUUGUGGGUGAUUCAGAGAAAUGGGCUUCAAGGGCAAAUAUCCGCAGAUGGUUCGCGACACGGGCUUCAAGUUGAGGCAGUAUCGCGAUGGUCCACUGGAUUGGAGGCUAAUGGGAUCUUAUGAAACGGAAAGGAUUCUCAGGGAGCAAAACUUCGAGCUGGUGGACAAGGCGUUGUCGCAUCUUUCGGAGGCUCCACUGGGCACCGUGCUGGAAACUCACAUCCUGGACAGCGGCAUUGCCAAGUACUUUGUGAUGUCCCAGUAUGCCAUUCAGUACCUCAUCUGUUGUCGCACCUACCUGGAUGAAUGUGUCACAGACUUGAAGGAGGCUCAUUCGACGGCCCAGCAGGAGAUAGCCACACUCCGGAAAUCCCUCAGUGAAUCCAACAACGAGGUGGUCCAGCUGCACAAGAGGAUCACCCAGAUCGAGGCCAUUCGCGAGGUGGUCUACCCAUGUCACCUGUGCACCAAGAACUUUAUCAGCAACGAGGCCUUGAAUGUGCACAUUGGGCGGAAGCAUCGCGUGGCCACGCCCCCCAGUCUGACUUCGGGCACGGGAAACAAGGAUAAGGAUAGGGACAAGGACACAGAUGUUCAUCUGAUCAACACCAUCAAAAUGGAGCUGGAAAUUAAGCAGUUGAAGGAGCGUCUGAAUGCUGCGGAGAGGAAUAUCAAGGAAAGGAGCACCACGGGUUCGAAGAGGGUGAGUCCUCGGUGCCAGGAGCAGCGUUCGGUGGGCAUACAGAGCAAUCUGGCGGAGCCCAAGGAAAAGGACGAGGACAGCGGAGAGGCGCGGCAGAGCGAGGCCAGCGAACGGAAGGAGCAGCUCACAGGAUUGGCCGAGCGACUGAGCAACUUUGAGGAGUGGCAAAUGCAGCUAAAGCAAAGCAACGAGCAGUUUAUACAGGACAUUAACAAAAGGCUGGAGGGUCUGAGCCACGCCCUCGAGCAGAGCAAACAAAUAUCCUCCACCACGCCUCCCCUCGAAGAUCGUGUGGCCACGCCCUGUCUGGAGGAUUUGGAGCGGAUACUCACCGAAAAAGUGGCAGAGAUUGGCAAGAUGAGUGCCCACAAGCUGGAAGAGGUGGUCUAUCACCUGGAAGAGGGCUACAAGGAGAAACUGGAGGCCCUGGAGCGAGAGCUCAAGCAGUUGAGUGUCCGCAAGGAGCAGCCUGAUCCUGUCCAGGCAUCCUUACCAGCUGCAUCAAAAAUACCCAAACCAGUAGUAGCGGCCCGCAAAGAGGAAACCAAUAUAGAUCGCAUCCGAAAACAAGUGGAGAAGGAGUUUUUAACACAGAAAAGGGAUGAUGACACCUACUCCAUUGAGGAGGCUCCGCGGAAGAGCCCCGAGAAGCCCAUAUCCCAACGGCUAGUCACCCAAGUUCAAGUUCAAGUGCUGGAAAAGGAACCGCCAAGUGCCGGAAGUUCUGGCAGCAAUCCAACCUAUACGAAAUCCCCGAGGAAACUUGAGUCCAGCAAACCGGAAACGAGGGAAACCACAGACAUUAGCGAGAGUCUGAGCCAGGAGGAGGAAGUGGAGAAUAACGAAGAGCAGAGCCUGACAGAGGAGGAGGACACUGAGGUCUCCACCUCCGAAUCGGAGGCACCCAGGGAAGACCCAAAGCCAAAAGUAACCAAGCCUCCUGUGAAGGCUAUCAAAAGCCCCCAGAAACCUUUUACCCGCAAAGAUGCCCGAAAGUUGGUCAAUCGUAAGUUGUUGCCCCACGGUUUCGAUAUGAAGUCGAAGGGUAUUUCCCAUACCUCUCUAAAAAGAGUCAACUCUGAGCUGGCCGAGCACCGCAACAAACUGAAAUUGCAAUAUCCCCAUUUCUAUGCCACUCGAAAUCGCAUCCGCAAAUUCGUAGAAAAACUCUGCUCCGCCAAGUUCUCAGAACGCGCUGAAGUUCUGCUCAAGCACAAGAGCCCGUUGAAACCUAUGGAGGUGCCUAAAAAAAGAAUCCAAAGGUCAGUCACCUCGGAAAAGUCGGAGGAGGAUGUAGCCAGUUCCCAGAACGAAGAUCAGGAUGGAGAGCAAUCGGAGAGUAGCGAGCAGCAGUCUCGUAGUUCCAGUCCUCGACGGCCUCUCAGUAGAGAUUUCAAGGCCCGGCUGGAGGAGAUUCUGGUCAAGCCAGCGGCCACCGUUCGAGGAGCUUCCAAGUCGGCCUUGAGCACCAGGCCCGUUCCGCUGCCCAGGAAACGGGUCAUGUUUAAUACAAUGGACAGCGGGAGAAGCUUCAAUGACAGCGAUGAUAAUUUUAAAUGA